AUGGAGCUGCGGGUGCUCCGGCUGCUCUGCUGCUGGUUCUGGUGCUGGUUCUGGUGCUGCGGCAGAGGCCUCGGAGCCGGUCCCGGUGCCACCUCCCCCCGGACGGGCCCUCGGAGCAGCGAGCAACGGGCAGCCGCCUUCCGGGAAAGUCUUAAUAGACAUCGAUACUUGAAUUCUUUAUUUCCUAGAGAAAAUUCCACUGCCAUCUAUGGAAUAAAUCAGUUUUCAUAUUUGUUUCCUGAAGAGUUUAAAGCUAUUUACUUAAGAACCAAAACUUCCAGAUUUCCCCGCUACUCCCCGGAAGUGUCAAUGCUCAUCUCCAACAUGUCUUUGCCAUCAAGAUUUGACUGGAGAGAUAAACAUGUUGUAACACAAGUGAGAAACCAGCAUGCGUGUGGAGGAUGCUGGGCUUUCAGUGUGGUAGGUGCAGUGGAAUCAGCAUAUGCAAUAAAAGGGAAGCCUUUGGAAGACCUAAGUGUGCAGCAGGUCAUUGAUUGCUCAUAUACUAAUUACGGCUGCAAUGGAGGCUCUACUUUUAAUGCUUUGAACUGGCUAAAUGAGACACAAGUAAAACUGGUGAGAGAUUCAGAAUACCCCUUUAAAGAACAGAAUGGCCUGUGCCAUUACUUUUCUGAUUCACAUGCUGGAUUUUCAAUCAAAGGUUAUUCUGCACAUGACUUCAGUAACCAAGAAGAUGAAAUGGCAAAAGCACUUCUUACCUUUGGUCCUUUGGUGGGCAUAGUAGAUGCAGUGAGCUGGCAAGAUUAUCUGGGAGGGAUAAUACAGCAUCAUUGCUCUAGUGGAGAAGCAAAUCAUGCUAUUAUCAUAACUGGGUUUGAUAAAACAGGGACUACUCCAUAUUGGAUUGUACGGAACUCAUGGGGAAGUUCCUGGGGAGUGGAUGGCUAUGCCCACGUCAAAAUGGGAAGUAAUAUUUGCGGUAUUGCAGAUUUUGUUUCUGCUGUAUUUGUAUGA